AUGUCUGUUUUCCCCAAACUCCUGUGUCGCAAACCUCGCGCCCAGAAUGCUGGUGGGAGCGGGGGCCUCUGGGAGACUUGCAGCCCCCAGACGGUGAGAGACGCGGGUCCGUCGUUCGUAAGCUGGGGCGUUGUGUCCUCGCAGCCCGGAUGGACUGAGGCAGAAACGGUACCCGGAGUGGGUUGCUGCUGUAUAAACACGCCUACAACCGGGGAAGCGGCUUUGGAACUGGGUAGCGAGCAGAGUCUGGGAGAGUUUGGGGUGCACGCCGGAGGGAGCCCCCACUGCCACGAACGGACGGUUCCGAAUGUGCGCAUCGACCCCAGCAGCCUGUCCUUCAACAUGUGGAAGGAGAUCCCCGUCCCCUUCUACCUGUCCGUCUACUUCUUCGACGUGGUCAACCCCAGCGCCGUCCUCCUGGGCGAGAAGCCGCAGGUGCGGGAGCGCGGGCCCUACGUGUACAGGGAGUUCAGGCACAAGAGUAACAUCACCUUCAAUGACAAUGACACCGUGUCAUUCCUCGAGUACCGCAGUUUCCAGUUCCAGCCUGACAGGUCCCACGGCCUGGAGAGUGACUACAUCGUCAUGCCCAACAUCCUGGUCUUGGGCGCGGCGAUGAUGAUGGAGAACAAGCCCAUGAGCCUGAAGCUGAUCAUGACCUUGGCGUUCAGCACCCUCGGAGAGCGUGCCUUCAUGAACCGCACCGUGGGCGAGAUCAUGUGGGGCUACGAGGACCCUCUGGUGCACCUCGUCAACAAGUACCUGCCAAACAUGUUUCCCUUCAAGGGCAAGUUUGGGCUCUUUGCGGAGCUGAACAACUCCAAUUCUGGGCUCUUCACCGUGUUCACGGGGGUCAAAGACUUCAGCAGGAUCCAUCUCGUGGACAAGUGGAACGGGCUUAGCAAGGUCAAAUACUGGCAUUCCGACCAGUGCAACAUGAUCAAUGGGACGUCUGGACAGAUGUGGGCGCCGUUCAUGACCCCCGAGACCUCACUGGAAUUCUACAGCCCUGAGGCCUGCCGGUCCAUGAACCUGGUCUACAAGGAGUCAGGGGUGUUCCAAGGCAUCCCCACCUAUCGCUUCGUGGCCCCCAGCACCUUGUUUGCCAACGGCUCCACCUACCCGCCCAACGAGGGCUUCUGCCCCUGCCUGGAGUCUGGGAUUCAGAACAUCAGCACCUGCAGGUUCAAUGCACCCUUGUUUCUCUCCCACCCUCACUUCUACAACGCCGACCCGAUGCUGGCAGAGGCGGUGCGUGGCCUCCACCCCAACCCAGAGGAACAUUCCUUAUUCCUGGACGUCCACCCGGUCACCGGGAUCCCCAUGAACUGCUCUGUGAAACUACAGCUGAGCCUGUACGUCAAGGCCGUCCAAGGCAUCGGACAAACAGGGAAGAUCGAGCCAGUAGUCCUGCCGUUGAUGUGGUUUGAGGAGAGCGGGGCAAUGGAAGGUGAGCCCCUGCAGACCUUCUACACCCAGCUGGUGUUGGUGCCCAGUGUGCUACACUAUGCCCAGUACGUCCUCGUCGGGCUGGGCUGCGUCCUGCUGUUCAUCCCCAUCAUCCAUCAGAUCCGGAGCCAGGGUCCCAGAGACGUCACCAGCCAGCCCAGCGUGGCCACUGAGCCGGACCGGCUCCCCAGCCCCUGCACCCCGCUUCUUCAGGACUCCCUCGGCGGACAGCCCACCAGUCCCAAAGCCUGAGCCCCC